UCGAUUUACACCGAUAGAUUCUCUUAAGUUGACACAAACUGGACUUGUGCAUGGUUGUUUUACUGUCGGUCGCAGGAUGUCCAGUCUUGUGCCAGGCUCACUGUUUGAGACGUCUGGUCUGAACCGGCGGUACACUCCCACAGAGGUGGGCCUGAAGGCAGGUGAUAUCGGCCGCAAGUUUGCCAGAGAGCCCUUUAACGGUCACCCGUGGCCCAGAAACAGUCCUGUGUCCCGAGUGUAUGAUGUGGUCAACACACCCACCAAACUUAUACUCCUCAACAACAAGAAAACACGGAAAUACAGUCAUCUAAGAGGACACUCAGCUUAUGAGGCAGACAGGCUCCCAGUACCUGAUCCAGAGAGACACUUCUCAGCUUCAGUAUCUCCAGUAAACAAGGACCUACACAUAGAGUGUAAAAACUCCAGGUCCCCACGCUUCACCCCUACCCCUACAGGAGUAGAGUGGAUCAAUCAGAGUGCACGACCACCCAGCCGAUUCUCAAAUGGCUCAAUGGUCAACCCUCGUCACCACCACUCCUGUUAUGGUCACUCUGACUCACCAGGCUAUCAACUGGACACUCCAGCCAUCUCACCCUCCACAAAAAUUUCGCGCCUCAAGCGAGGCCCCCCAAAGUGUAACCUAGAUGACACAGGACUGACGUGGGGUCAGAGGUCAUACCUGUGGAGUAUAGCUCGCAUUUACAGUUCAGACAACAUCCGCAGACAAAAACAGCAGCAGUAUUUUGAGCUCCUGAGGGGAGAGAUUAGAAAAGGGGGUCACAAUAGUGAUGUGGUUUAUCGCUAUGCACAGUACCUGGAGACUCCUCGUAAGACUCGCUGUGGGAAAGACACAUGUAUUCAGCGCUCCAUGUCCGCCCCACCCCGGACCACUCGGUCCACCCCCAGACCUCGAACGGGGUGGGACAACAAUGCGAGAACACCCCAAGACCAUGAUGUGAAAAGGAUCUACUCAAAACGGAAAACAAAAUCCAGCCAAUCAAAACAUUGUGACGAGUCAUCUGACAUAUCAUCCGAUCAGUCUGGUUCAUCCCUGACAAUUGACACGGGCAGUUACAGACCAAGGGAGGGAACUGUGAGACCUAAGUCGCGGAUAGGACGCACAUCUAACCAAUCAGCAUCAAAGAAAAGUUUGUCCCAAAAACAAGCACCUUUAACACAGGAAGAUGCUUCCAAAAAGAAAUCAGAAAAGACGGAUCAGUUAAAGCAACAUAUUGAAACAGAGACCUUUAAAACUGAUACAGAAACACCAGGCUUGGAUGGUGCAGAGAAGAACGAUAAAGAUUCUUCUCCACAAAAGGAAAGCAAUUUUGAUGCUAAGCCAGUCAGAAGUGCUGAAGGGAAAACAAUGUUGGAAACUGAAACUUACACUGAAGAAACCGAUGUGGUUGCCAAAAGUAGAAAAGAUCAAGUCAGCAGCAGGAAAUCAUCCAAGUCUUCAACAGAUCUUUUUACUGACUCCAGUAACCACGGUAACAAAACCAGCAUUGUUUCCCAUUGUAGCAAGGACUCCAUUGAAGCUGAACCUUUGUCAUCAAAAGAAUAUAGCAAAGAUAUUGAGAGCCUUAGCACAAGCUCUAGCAAUCUGGGGAAGGAAAGCAAACCCAAAGUGACGAAAGUCAGGGUAGGAUCAGCCACUGAGAAAGAAAGUGUCAACUGGAACAAAGACACAACAAUUCCAUCUAAUAGAAGUUCCAUUGUUGCUUCUUCCAACAGCAGUCAAACAUCAGUCAUUUCCAGGAAUGAAUCUAGUGACGUUCUCAACAGAACAUCUGCAAGUCAGUCUCUUCUGGGUAACAAAGAAAACCAAGAAGCCAUAGAGAAAGAGAAAAUCCCUGAAGCUGACUCCAAGAAAGAAAUUUUGAUUCUUUCUGAAAGCAGUAAUGAUAAAGAAACUUUGGUAAAGACUGAAAAGAAAAUAGACAAUGACUUCAGUUCUGGUGAGGAGGGAAAUUAUCAAAAUUCAAGAAGUUCAACAACGCAAGAUCAUCCUGAGAAACCCCAAACUGAGAGCACUCUCAGUAAUGAGAUGAUUGUUAAUGUUAAUGAAAAUGACCAAGAUUACAAUUCAAAAGUAGCAGAAACUGCUUUAACAGAAUCCUCAAAGAAAGACACUGAAAAGGAAGUUGUUCUUGGUUAUAAAGAAACCUGGGAUCCCCUGAUUGGGAGAGUUUCACCCAUACCCUCCAUUGGCAGCGAUGACCUUGAACCUGUUGACCCUGAACUCUUGGAAUACUGAAGAUGAAAAAUAUCACGUUUCAAAGCCUCUUUAUAUUAACAACCAUUUUUUCCAAGUCACAUAUCGUGCAAGUUCACUUGUGGGUUACCAUUUUCAAAUUGUUGCCUGUAGGCCACUGUAUAAGUGCAGUAAACCAGUUAGGUCCUGGAUUAGCACGAGAUACAUAACUAGAUGCAUGUAUAUGGUAUAUACAUAUAUAUAACAAACUAUUACAGGAUCUGCGAUGUCAUUGUGAUGUACUGUAUUUCACCUAAAGUUUAGUAUUUUCUGAGUGAAGCAUUUUGCUUGAUUCUGAUCGAUUCAUCCACUUGAUAAGGCCGUAUAAAUGUCUGCAAUAUGUUGUAAUAGGAAUGUUGACAAUGACAGUAAAAUAUAGAGCUUGAGACUCAUUUUCGCAAAACCUUUCGUAACUCAUGUUUUCAUAACUUUUCUCAUAAUGAUGGUGUUACAAUCUCGACCAGGUUGUGUAAGAAAGAGAUUUUAUUCACCAAGUUUUGUGAAAAUGGUGUGAGGAAGGAAAACAGAGUACAGAUUGUAAUGUCUGGGUCUGGUAAUGCCUGAGCCUAGUCCAUUGUGCCGCUUACAGUAUUAUCAAAUUAAUAAUCACUCAGUAGUCAUUGUCAUAUCGUCAAUAUUUGAUUUAUGUCAAAGAAAACCUUUACUAAUGUAAAGUGUAAGAGAAUAAUUGUUCCUGAAAGGCUGGCAUAAGUGAGAAUGUCUGCUGCAAUGUGCGGAUGUUCGUGGGUUUCCUCCCACCAUAAUGCUGUCGUAUAAGUAAAAUAUUCUUGAGAACAGUGUAAAAUACCCAUCAAAUAAAUAAAAAAAUAAACGAAGGGUUGGUGAUUGCAAUUUGCUUUUGAAACACUGAAUUGUAGAAACACUGAAUCGUCAUACUGCAUUGUGUUAAAUGUUUCAUUUGUGAAAAAUCCUUCUCUGCAUGUAAGUGGAUUGUAAAGCAAGCCGCUCCCAUAUGGCUGGAUCAUCAGUGGCGAGAACUGUAGGGUCAAAUCCAGGUCGAGUUAUGAAUUUCACUGAUCUUGAUCUGUCAGUAGAGGAAAUUAUAUUUACUUUAAUUUACAAUAUAUUUGGUUUGUUAGCAAUCUUAUUUGAGAGGCAUACAGAGAGGAAUGGGGUGUUUCAUGUUUGUUUAAUUUUGUUUUUCAUUUGUUUUGUAUUUAUUUUUUAUACAGCAAUACUUGUAUGGUUUAUUACAAUUUAUCCCAGGAUAUGUGUGUGUCUAAGCAAAAUAAUACCAAAGCUCUCGUCUGGAUCAAAAACUGAUUUUGAAUUGUGUUCAAGCAUGUUUAGUGACUACAAUUGUUUGCUUACAUAUGUUCAGGCAUGUUUAGUGACUACAAUUGUUUGCUUACAUACGUUCAGGCAUGUUUAGUGACUACAAUUGUUUGCUUACAUACAU